AUGGAUUCUCGCCGCCGCCGCUCUUCCGUUGGGAGCGGCGCCCAGACGGCCGACCAGGCCCUCGCCAAUCUGGGCUACAAGGCCGAAUUGCCCCGUCAUCUCUCCAUGAUGUCCAUCCUUGGCCUCUCGUUCGCCAUCAUGGCCGUUCCCUUUGGCCUCAGCACCACUCUGUACAUUACUCUCACCAAUGGCCAAUCCGUCACCAUUCUCUGGGGCUGGAUACUCGUUUCGCUCAUCUCCGUCUGCAUCGCCGCGUCUCUCGCCGAAAUCUGCGCCGUCUUUCCCACGGCCGGCGGUGUCUACUACUGGUCUGCCAUGCUGAGUUCUCGCGAGUGGGCGCCUCUGGUCAGCUUCGUGGACGGAUGGCUUACCCUCGUCGGCAACUGGACAGUGACCCUGAGCAUCAAUUUCUCCGGCGCGCAGCUGAUUCUGAGCGCCAUCUCCAUUUUCAACGAAGACUUUGUGGCAAAUACGUGGCAGACGGUUUUGUGCUUCUGGGCCGUUAUGCUGGUAUGCGCUCUGGUCAAUGCUUUCGGUUCGCGUUAUUUGGAUCUCAUCAACAAAAUCUGUAUAUACUGGACUGCUGCUAGUGUCCUAAUCAUUAUGAUCACCCUGCUCACAAUGGCCGACCACCGACGUUCUGGCGAAUUUGUCUUUGCUCACUAUGAUGCCUCGAGCAGCGGAUGGCCAACCGGCUGGUCUUUCUUCGUUGGACUCCUCCAAGCUGCCUAUACCCUUACUGGCUAUGGCAUGGUUGCCGCCAUGUGCGAAGAAGUGCAGAAUCCCGAGCGCGAAGUCCCCAAGGCCAUUGUCCUCUCGGUCGUUGCCGCUGGCUUUACCGGCGUCAUCUACCUCAUCCCGCUCCUCUUUGUCCUCCCCGACGUCCAAAUGCUUCUCACCGUCGCAAACUCUCAGCCAAUUGGCCUGCUCUUCAAGACCGUCACGGGUUCCGCAGCCGGUGGCUUUGGCCUUUUGUUCCUCAUUCUCGGUAUCCUAAUGUUUGCAGGCAUCGGUGCUCUCACUGCUGCUUCACGAUGCACAUACGCUUUUGCACGAGACGGUGCCAUUCCUGGCUAUAAGCUUUGGCGCAAGGUCAACAAAUCUUUGGACGUGCCCAUCUGGGCUCUUGUCCUAUCCACGGUAGUUGACUGCAUUCUUGGAUGCAUCUACUUUGGCUCUUCUGCCGCCUUCAACUCCUUCACCGGUGUCGCCACCAUCUGCCUUUCUACGUCAUAUGGUGUUCCUGUUCUCGUCAACCUUGUCCAGCGCCGCAAAGCUGUCCGCCACUCGCCUUACCCUCUCGGUAACAUCAUGGGCCCCAUUAUCAACAUCAUCUGCAUUGUCUGGAUCGUCUUCUCCGUCGUCAUCUUUUGCAUGCCUGUCUCGCUGCCGGUUGAUGCCACAACCAUGAACUAUGCGUCGGUGGUAUUCGCUGGGUUUGGGGCAAUUGCUAUUAUCUGGUACUUUGUGUAUGCGCGCAAGAAUUUCACCGGUCCUCCAGUUAGAGCUGCCGGAGAAGAUGGUGAGAUUACAACGGUGGGAGUGCCGGUGGGUGGCCAUGAUGGAACUGGCUCAGAUUCGCCGACAACAAAUGAAAAAGACCUCAAGUAG